UAGACGCUGGAGCGCUCAAAACUUUCGAAACAUUUCCCCAGCAUUUCCCCGACAUUUCCUGAAUAAGAGCACACUUUUCGAGAAUUCAUUGGGGCCGGUGAAUAAUGCGGCAGGGAGAGGAGGUAAUGAUGCUUGCCCCAUAGUCCGACGGAGCAAGCGACGGGGAGAGUCUGCGUGAAUAUGCUCACGUCGUCUUCUCGUCCUAGAUACCACGAUCAUCAAGGACUCAUGUCCUUCAGGGGAUAAACUCUCCAAGUGUAGUUGCGUUAUCGACUGCCAGCUUCGCUCAACGUUCAAGUUCUACAUGCGUAAGGCCCCUCACGGACUGAGAAUGCCGUCGUUUCUAUCAGCCUUUCAACCGUUCUUGGUCAUAUUCCUACUCUUUUACCUUCCUUUGAUUUUUUCCCUUCCGGCUACGGCCGCACCCACAAAUACCACAUUCGACGACACCAAUUCGUCAUUUACUUGGCAAUCUGGCUGGAUAGCUGCACCAUGCGAUUAUUGUUCAGCGUUGUUGAAUCAGAGUUUGACAUACGACGGAACCUGGCAUGACGGAGGAGCUCGUACUGGGUUGACGGGCACUUUUGAGUUCAAUGGUACAGCAGUAUAUUUGUUUGGAGUGACAUCUCAAAACGACACGGGCACGAUCGAGUUUACUCUCGAUGGCAACAAUGCGACCACAUACAACCCUCCUGUGAUCGCAGCCGACGAUCCUACCGUAGGCACUCCUGAAGCGGACCACACCUACAAUUCUCUCUUCUUUGUUGCGACUGGUCUGGCGAAUGGUUCCCAUCAGUUGGGAUUCACAGCGGUGCUAGCAUACAAUACAUCGCAGACGGUGUUGAUUGACUACGCCGUUGUGACGACCGACGACUCCACCUCAUCGGGGUCAAGUUCUGCAUCCGGGAGCGGGACAAGCGCAAGCGCAAGUGAAUCUGCGAGCGAUCCGAACAAAACUGCCUUGAUAGGCGGAAUAGUCGGUGGCGUUGCGGGCGUUGCUCUCUUAUCACUUGCAAUAUUCUUACUCAUCAGGCGAAGAAAGUUAAGGGUACGUUCGGUCAAACCGGAAAAUAAUAUACGACCAUUCCAAACUGUCCCCAGCUUCAUCACAGGCGAAUCAAAUUCGCUGAUCACUACUUCAACCCUGUCAUCACAUCCCAAAGCUCGGCCCCCCCUUCCCAGCAUCUCAACUCCAUCACCGACAGAGACUUUCGGCUCUUCACCCAUCAAUGUUCAUGACGAUGCAGUCUCUACGCCCUCCACUCGUUUUAGGAGCAAUUCCGGUGCUGCCACCACCACCACAGAGUCCACCAUUCCUCGAGGCAGACAAGAAAUACAAGAAAUGGAGCAGCGCAUACGGUCUUUAGAGAGUAUGGUACUCCUCAGCCAUGCUGUCGCCUCACCGACAAUGCAUCAUGCAAGCACGAUAAUGAGCCCCAUCAUGAGUCCUCUGUCCGAGCAAACAUACGACGCUUCAUUGGAUGAUUUGACGAAUCCUCCUCCGCCUUACUGAUUUGGGUCUUUUCAUCGACCCAAAAAAAUUACAUUGUUUAUGGAUUUAUUUACUUAUCAGCUAUUUGUAUAUAUUUUCUUCGAUCAAAUU